UGACGUAGUGUUUACUGAGCACUAUCUAGUGCACUAUAUUUAAAACCGCAGCGCUUCUUAGGAUUGAGCCUAUAACUAUCAGAGUAGCUGAGGUUACAAUAGCAGGUAAAUAAAAGCUGUUCUUCCUUCUGCGCCUGGAUUUCUUUUGUUUAUAGUGAAAUUCAGCUAUAAACCGAGGAGGAGACUGAGAAAAAGAUUAUAAUACGAUGCAGUGAGUUCCGAGAGAAACGUACAGAAGGAUUAAUAGCAGUAAGCAGGUGAAGUUCAGCAUGUGUUCGUGUCUCCAUCUGUGCUGCUGUGAUUAAUGGGCACUUUAAGGAUCAUGAUGGCACCGAAGUUUCAGCUCCUGGCGCUGAUGACCUUCGCAGUAACCAUGUUGUUCCUGGAGAACCAGAUCCACCAGCUGGAGGAGUCCAAAGGCAAACUGGAGCGCGCCAUCGCCAGGCUGGAAGUGCGCGACAUCGAGGAACGACGCACUCAGGAGGGACUGAGGGAAUCUCGUGAGGACACAGAGAACGGCAUGGUGGUCAUCUACAACCGAGUUCCCAAAACAGCCAGCACUUCCUUCACCAACCUUGCUUACGACCUGUGCAGCAGGAACCACUACCACGUCCUGCACAUCAACACCAGCAAGAACAACCCCGUCAUGUCCCUGCAGGACCAGGUGCGCUUUGUGAAGAACGUGACGAUGUGGAAGGAGAUGAAGCCUGCUCUGUACCACGGCCAUGUUUCAUUCCUCGACUUCUCCAAAUUUGGUGUGAUGAAAAAACCCAUCUACAUCAACGUUGUGCGUGACCCCAUCGAGCGCCUGGUGUCUUAUUACUACUUCUUGCGUUUUGGAGACGAUUACAGACCGGGGCUGAAACGCAGGAAACAGGGGGACAAGAAGACAUUUGAUGAGUGUGUUGCUGCAGGAGGUUCAGACUGCGCUCCAGAAAAACUGUGGCUCCAGAUCCCCUUCUUCUGCGGUCAUUACUCGGAGUGCUGGAACAUCGGCAGCCACUGGGCCCUGGAGCAGGCCAAGUAUAACCUCAUCAAUGAGUACCUGCUGGUGGGCGUGACCGAGGAGCUGGAGGACUUUGUGAUGAUGCUGGAGGCGGCACUGCCUCGAUUCUUCAGAGGAGCCACUGAGCUCUACAGGACAGGUAAAAAAUCCCACCUGAGGAAAACCAGUGAGAAGAAGCCGCCCACUAAGGAGUCCAUCGCUCGGCUUCAGCAGUCGGCCAUCUGGAAGCUGGAGAACGAGUUUUACGAGUUCGCUCUGGAGCAGUUCCAGUUCGUCCGAGCUCACGCCGUGCGGGAGAAGGACGGAGAGCUGUACCUUCUGCCCCAGAACUACUUCUAUGAGAAAAUCUACCCCAAGGCCACAUGAGAGGUGUGAAAGCACGGCUGUAGUGCAUUUACUGUCGUCAUGUUCACUGGAGCAGGACGGUCCGCCUCCAAGAUCUGUCCGUCUGCUGCUGCGGCCGAACCUUUUACAGCCGAACAGCUUCCAGAUUCUACCUUUUUUUUUGUCUUUAUGUUCGUUCAGCUGAUACUUUUACACCUGAAGCACAGAGAUGAGCUCAAGGCUCUACAGAAGCAGCUGAACUUGUCAGACUCCUGAACACUAACCACAGGAGAACAUGUAACUUCUCUACAGUCACUUUUAUUGACUAGGUAGAAUUUUGGGUAAAACUAUUUAAAGGAGAAGGUUGUGGUGUUUAGUGGAGAUUUGUAUUGUUUAUUUUUUAUUAAAGAACGAUGUCAUUUUUUUUA